AUGUCUCCUCAAUACGCCAAAGACCAGCCCGCGGGCUUCAGCAACCAUAUCAAGAACAUUGCCGUCGUGGGAGCGACUGGCUCUGUUGGCCAGUACAUCGUCGACGCACUCUUGAAAGGCGGAAAGCAUAAUGUGACGGCCAUCACGCGGGCGGAGAGCAAGAGUAAAAUGCCAGAUGGCGUUAAGGCUGCUCCAGUCAACUACGAUGACGAGCAGACCUUGAUCGACGCCUUGACCGGCCAUGACGCCCUCGUGAUCACCAUGGGCAUCCGUGCCGGCGACGCCCAGACCAAACUCGUCAAUGCUGCUGCCAAGGCCGGAGUCCCUUGGAUCAUGCCUAACGAAUAUACUGCGGAUGUCGAAGGUCAAGUGGAAAUGGCAAAGGAAAGUGGAGUCGGAGAUAUUGUCUGGCCAGCCGAGGAACAGAUUGAAAAACUAGGCGUCAGCUGCUGGGUCGGUCUCGUUUGUUCAUUCUGGUAUGAAUACAGCCUCGCCGUCUCUGCCGAUGCCUACGGCUUCGACAUCAAGAACAAGAAAGCCACCUUCUUCGACGAUGGCGAGACCAAGAUCAACGCGUCGACAUGGAAACAGUGUGGACGCGCCGUCGCCGCCGUAUUCUCGCUUCCAAUCCUGCCACAGGACGAAAACGAUGAGGGCCCAUAUCUGAGCAUGUGGAAGAACAAGCAUGUCUUCGUCUCCUCCUUCCUCGUGUCGCAGCGAGACAUGCUCGACUCGCUUCUCCGAGUCACUGGCGACAAGGAGUCCGACUGGACCAUUGAGCAUGAACCAGCCGAGGCCAGGUGGAAGAAGGCUCACGAUGCAAUGCAGGCUGGAGAUUUCAGUGGCUACGUACCACGCAUGUACACCCGGGUCUUCUACAAAGAUGGAUGCGGCGACUUCUCUCACAAGCUGGAUAAUGCCAGGCUUGGCUUGCUUGAGGAGAACCAAGAUGCAGCUACUAAGAGGGCGGUUGACAUGGUGAACAGUGGGUACAAUUACUUUGCGAGGGGUUGA